CGGGGCGGGGCGCCCAGCCGACCAGGGACAGCGCGGAGUCGGGUCCGCCCGCCAGCGCGGCCGGGAGCACCGGGGCGGUCUGCGCGGCGCGAACCGGAGCUACGAGGAGCCUGCGCAGAGGCAGACAGCUGUCUCCAGCACAAACACGCCUGUGAAGGUAGAUGCGCGGUACUGAAGACCCAGCCUGGUUCCAGCAGCCACAGAAGGAUGGGAGCCUGGGCACUGAGGGCCCGGUCAUGAGGGACUGCUGCUCAUCCCCAGAGGCCAUCCCCGCAUCCCCAAGGCACACCCUUGACCACAGCUUAGGCAUGGACUCCAGACGCGGCAGUCCCAGCGGGGCUGGGGAAGGGGCCUCCCUCUCUGAGAGCCCCGCUGUAAGCCUAGCCUGCCCCUCUCCCUCCUGCAACCCUCUCCCAGAGGCAGUGAGAGGGCAUGGAGCCUUGAUCCCAGGAGCCUCUGACAAGACUCUGGUAGGGAAGCCAGAGCCCGCAUCCUCAGCAGACGCUCCUCCUACAGCCCCGGAGAACAGAAAUCCUGUGUUCUUGGAAAAGAUGGAGUCCAACUCCUUGAAACAGCCAGAUUCUGCUUCCACGGGAAAGGAAGAGGCUGGGCCCUUGAGGAAGGAAGAGUCCAUGCUGAUGGGAAAGGCAGAGCCUGCAACCUGUGGAAAGGGAGAUCCUGGGGCUGUUGGAGGGAUGGAUUGUGCGGCCCCAAGGAAGGAUUCUGUGUCCUUGGGAAGAGUAGAUCCAAUGUGCUCCAGCAAGGUGGAUACAGCGACUCCAGGAGGGGAAAAUCCUGGGUCUUUAGGAAAGGGAGAGCCUGUAUCCUCAGGCAAAGUGGAUCCAAGAAAGGAGGACCCCACGUAUUCCAGAAGAGAGAACCCUGGAUCUACAGGAAAGGAAGAUCUUGUGUCUUUGGGGGGAAAAGAAAUGGAACCUCCAGAAAAGACACACCCUGCAUCCACAAAAAAGACAGAUUCUGGGUUCUCAGGGAAGUCAACUCCAGGGUCAUCAAGCAAGACAGAACUUGGAUCCUCAGGAACCAAAAAGGUGAAUCCUGUAUGCUUGGGGAUGGUGGAUCCUGCAGCUGUGGGAAAUACAGAAACUUUGUCCUCAGCAAAAGAGGGCCUUCCCUCCUCAGGAGAGGGAGGGCCUGUGUCUGUGAGAAUGGCGGAAACUGUACCCGUUGGACAGCCAGAAGGUGUGUUCCCAGCAAAGACAGAACCCACAUCUGUGAACAGCACAGGACCUUCAGGCAGCAUGGACCCAGUUUCCCUAAGAAAUAUGGAGCUUGUGUCCCCAGUGAAACCAGAACUCUUGUCUUCUGGGCAGGCAGAACGUGUGUCGCUGGUAAAGACAGAAACCCUAUCCUCAGGAAGAGAGGAUUCACGGUCUUCUAGAAGGGUGGAUCACACAAGUGUCACAGGAAACAUAAAGACAUCUCAAAAAGGGAAUCCCGAGUCUUCAGGAAAGAUAGAGUCCGUGUCUUCAAGUUCAGGAGAUGCCAAGUCUUUGGGGACAUGGGGGUCCGUGUCUGCCUCAAAAGUUGAGGCGGUGACUGAGGGGAAAGGAGACCCACAGUUCUUGGAGAAGGCAAGUCCCACAGCCCCAGAGAAGGCUGAUCCCCUCACUCUCAGCAAGGAACGCUCUGCAAGCCAGGGAAAGGCAGAAACUGUUCCCUCUGAAGAAAUGGACUCCACGCCUUUAGGAAAAGUGGCCCCAACGGCUUCAGGAAAACUAGGUUUAGUGUCCCCAGGGAAGGUGGAUCUCAUGGCCUCAGAGAGAGCAGAAGGCAUUUCAGAGGCAAAGGCUCCAGAAAGGAAGGAUCCUGUGAAUUCCACCAGUGCCUCGGGGAGUGCUGAGCCCAAGUCUGGGGUCAAGGUGGUAACCCAGCUUCCAGGGGCCUCGUCCCCUGGAACGGUGGAAGCAGCGCCAUCUUCGCAAAGAGAGCAGCCACAGGUGUCUGGGAAAAUGGAUCCCUCCGGAAAAGUCGACCCCACUGCGUCUAUGGAGCCUGUGUCCCUGGGGAAGGCUGACUCCGCAUCUCCAUCUCCGAGAAAAGCAGAGUCUCAAGCGUCGGCAGAGACUGCCCCCCUGCCUCUGGAGAAGGCCAAGUCCUCUCUCAGGCAAUCAGAUGGUGCACCCUGCAGCUCAGCCCAGCCUCUGGGAGACGCCAGGAGCAGCGGGGCCCUGCCAGAGCCAGAGCCCUCCGCCAGCACCAGCCAGAAAGACCCAGCGGCAGCUGCGGCUCCGAAGAGCCCCCGCGCCGAGGGCACAGCGCCCCCGCCAGGACCACGGACUCGCGACAACUUCACCAAGGCGCCGUCGUGGGACGCGGGAGCGCCGCCUCCCCGCGAGGACGCGGGCACGCAGGCCGGCGCCCAGGCCUGCGUCUCGGUGGCGGUGAGCCCCAUGUCUCCGCAGGACGGCGCGGCCGCCCCGGCCUUCAGCUUCCAGGCGGCACCGCGCGCGCCCAGCCCCGCGCCCAGGCCGCCGUCGCGCCGGGACGCGGGCCUGCAGGUGUCGCUGGGAGCCGCCGAGACGCGCUCGGUGGCCACCGGGCCCAUGACUCCGCAGGCCGCGGCACCGCCCGCCGCGCCGCCCGUCUUCCCCGAGGUGCGGGUUCGGCCCGGCUCCGUGUUGGCGGCCGCCAUGGCACCCCAGGAGACGGUCGAGCCGGUGCGCGACGUGAGCUGGGACGAGAAGGGCAUGACGUGGGAGGUGUACGGUGCCUCCAUGGAGGUGGAGGUGCUGGGCAUGGCCAUCCAGAAGCAUUUGGAGCGCCAGAUAGAGGAGCACGGCCGCCAAGGGGCGCCGGCGCCGCCGCCCGCCGUCCGCGCGGGCCCAGGCCGUGCAGGCUCCGUGCGCACCGCGCCUGCCGAGGGCGCCGCCAAGCGUCCGCCCGGCCUCUUCCGCGCGCUGCUGCAGAGUGUGCGCCGGCCGCGAUGCUGCUCGCGGGCGGGCCCCACAGCCGAGUGAUUUGUCCCCGUUUUGUAGGCCCGGGUUUCCAACCUUCUCAGGCUCCCUUCUUGAUAUCAAGUCCUUGAAAGCUACGCCCCAUCCCCAACCCCGCGUGCGCCAGGCCUCCGAGGCGGCCUUCAGGGGCUUCUUUCCAGUCCCUCCUUUCCCAAACACCGACGAAAACCCCUUGCCCAGUCAGUCCCUUUGUGGCCAUGAGCCCACACACCCGACCCUGACAACCCCACCCCGGUGCCCUCGCAGCCUUUCGCGCCGCUCCCUCAGGUAGUAGUGGGAGAGCACGGGUGCCUGCGCCCAUCCCUCCACCCUAGAGCCCAGGCAGGCUCCUGAGGUGGCCAGACUGACGCUCUGAGGCCUCCAGCGGGCCAAGGUCCCCAGAACUGGGAAAGACUGCACGCUUAAGUGUUCUUCCACGUGUGCCAGGAUCGAUACGAAGCCACCAGAAAGGCAAACUCUGAAUGGGAGGUUGGGGUGGGGGGCGGUGAGUCUCUGAGCGGUGAGGGGUCUCCACAUGGUGCUGGCCCCACGGCCAGGGUGUCUCUUGCAUGCUGUUGGUAGUCCUACUCCCUCCCCUGUCUCCCCAUCUAGUCCAGUGCCCUGUUUCCUCUCCUACCCAGUCACUAUGCACAGUUCCCAUAGAGGCCAAAGGCUAGGACUGCCCGGGGCUCGGCUGAGAGGGGAGAGUCAUGAAAGGUGUCAGGCCACUGGGAGCCUGGGCGACACCUGAUCUUAGGUAUUGGGAACAGGGUGGAGAGCUCCUUUGACACCCACAGUUGUCUUUUAAAGGUUCACCUCCUAUCUCCCAUCUUCCCUCAACACACACAAUGCUGUGAGCCCCGACAAGUUCCUUGUAACCACUGAGCGCCCUGUUUUUGGCUACUAACUGUCACAGUAUACAUUGGUAAUAAAACCUUUCCCCAA